UAUUUCCUGACUCAGACUCAAUUGUCUUUUUGUCUUUUCGUUUGUGACAAGUCUUAUCUUGCUUGGCCUUUAUAUAUACAUUUUCAUUUUCAUUUUUAUUUCUUGACUUCUCAAGACAUCUCUCUGUCUUCGCUUCUCCCUCUCCCUCUACACUCACGAUGGGUAUUGGCUGUAUUAUUGCAGAUCCUUGGGUAGAUUCUGAUUUCACUCCAUGCUUCCGUGAAAUUGUAUUAGAUUCCGUAUUCCCACUCAUUCUUCUGAUCUCAUCCCUCGUUGGAAUCUCAAAAGCCUGGUUGGAGUACCGCAAAUCAAAUUCUUCUCUCUAUACCCCCCUCAAAGACUCCUUGCCAACAUUCUCAUAUGGUGCCACACGUAGUCCAGAUUGUGUAAAUCACAAUAGCAGCAGCAAUGACAAUGACAAUGACGACGAUGCCUCCUCUUCGACUUCCUCUUCCGCUUCCGCAAGUACUCUUGCCCCUGACUAUGAGAAAAAGCCACUUCGAUGGACAGUCGUAAGUUGGAUCAGACUCUUGGCCGGUUUCCAGGCUGCCAUGUACAUUUCAUCUCUGGUCCAACUGGUUCAGGAUACUUAUCCUAUUGAUAUUGUCGAAGGCACAAAGUCUCAACUCUUGAUUUCACAUAUUUCCUUAGCUACAUUUUGGUUGAUUGCAUUUAUCUUGGCUGUCGUAAAUCUCAUUACAUCCGCCAGACCCAACGAGUUCUCUCCAGCCCUGUGCACUCGUCUAAAUGCUCUUUAUGCCGGUGCAUUUUUGUUUGGCUUGGUUGACUUGCGUUCUUUCUAUAAUGCUCACGGUGUCGAGGAUAUUGGUCUCGGCUACAGCGUCACUCUUUACAGUGCCACAUUGAAUCUCAUCAUGCUUAUCUUUGUGUUCCAUGAAGAACCACUCGCUCCAAGCUCACCUGUCUUGACUGAAUCGGGACGCACCUUGUCGAGUGAGAACUGGGCAUCGAUCUAUUCAAAGUUUAUGUUCAGCUGGGUCAACGUGAUGAUGAAGGAAGGCUAUAAGCGCACAUUGGAUGACAAGGAUCUUGUCGAACUUCCUGUUGAGAACCGCGCCAAACACACCCUGGCCGACUAUCGCAAGUACAAGCGACCAAAUAUGGCAGUUGCACUGUUCUACAACUUCAAGUGGCCGCUCAUUCAUCAAUUCGUCUAUUGUAUGUUCUGGUCUAUUGUCAUGUUUGGCCCACCUUACUUCCUCAACAAGAUCAUCAAGUACAUCGAGUACAGCGAUCCGGUCUAUCAAGUACCCGCCUUGACAGCAUUUUUGUACGUAUUUGGCUUGUUUGUCACCUCCACAAUUCAGUCUCUCUCUAUGCAGCAGGCUCUCUACAUCGGUCGUACCCUAGGCAUCCGUGUCCAAUCAAUCCUCAUCGGUGAAGUGUUCAGCAAAUCUCUGCGUCGCCGAGAUCAGACCGGUAGCCAGGAAGCUGACAGCGAAGACAAGAAAGGAAACGUGAACAAUCUGUUGUCUGUCGAUACCCAAAAGAUUGCCGAAUUCAUUGCAUAUCUAUUCUAUAUCUACUCAUACCCAGUCCAAAUUAUCAUCAGUAUCUGCGGUCUUUACAAGCUUCUCGGUAACGCCAGUCUUUGGGGUGUAUUGGUCAUGGUCAUCUCGCAACCCCUGACCUAUAUGAUCAGCAGACACUUUGAAAACCUCCAGGACGCCGUCAUGACUGCUACCGACAAACGCCUGAAACUGAUGAACGAACUCUUGUCGGCCAUCAGAAUCGUCAAGUUCUUUGCCUGGGAAAAACAGUUCAAGAACCGAGUGGUAGAGGCGCGUGAGGUCGAACUCAAGGCGAUCCGUGGAAGACUGAUGGCGUUCAUGUGGAUGGCCAACAUCUGGUUCUUUAUCCCAAUUAUGAUCAUGGUCACUGUGUUCUACAUAUACACCAUGACAUCGGUCCUGACAGCAUCCGUAGCCUUUACUGCCCUCGCACUCUUCAACACUUUCCGUUCUGCACUCGACGAGUUGCCAAUGUUCAUUUCUUUUAUUCUCCAAGCCAUGGUCUCUCUCCGUCGUAUCGAAGCGUUUUUGGCCGAGGAAGAAGUCGAGACUGUCGAAACCAAAGCCACCCAGGGUGUCUACACUGGAUUCGUCAACAAUGCUUCGUUUAGCUGGGAAAAGUCGUCCACCAAGACCGAGAAUGAUGACACUAACAACAACAGCACCAGCAGCAAGCCGGCUCUGCGCAACCUCAACAUUUCCUUCCCAGCCAACAAGCUUUCGAUUGUCUGUGGCCCAACUGGUUCUGGAAAGACAACCCUUUUGGCCAGUUUGCUUGGUGAGACCCAUUGCGUGAGCGGUGCAGCUAUUCUGCCACGCCAACACGUUUCGCGCUCAAACACACUUGGUGGAGCUGUCUCUGGAAUUGCCUACGUCGCCCAGACCGCCUGGCUUCAAAACUGCAGUAUUCGGGACAACAUCCUGUUUGGUCUUCCGUAUGACGAACAUCGCUACCAGGACGUGCUCUACAUGACUGCACUGACCCGCGAUAUUGACAUUCUUGAGUUUGGAGAUUCGACCGAAGUUGGAGAAAAGGGUAUAACACUCAGUGGCGGACAGAAGCAGCGUGUUGCCAUUGCUCGUGCCGUGUACUCCCAGGCGACCACAGUAAUUCUGGAUGAUUGUCUUAGUGCCGUGGAUGCCCACACUGCCAAACACUUGUUUGAUUAUUGCUUGACCGGUCGAUUGAUGAAGGACAGGACAGUUAUUUUGGUUACUCAUCAUGUUGGUCUGUGCCUCAAGGCUGCGGCCUACAUUGUUGCUCUCAAGGAUGGUGAAGUUGCUGGUAGUGGUGAUCCUGCAUCGGUGCUCAAGAGUGGUGUUCUUGGUGAGGAACUUGCCCAGGCCGAAGAGGAAAAGGCAGCUGAGGAAGAAGAGGCUGCGCUAGAUGGUCCUAUUCGCAGUGUUCAUGAGCUCGAGAAAAAAGAUAAGGUCAAGAAACUCGAUGGUGCUGGCAAGUUGACUCAGGAAGAGUCCCGCGCAGUCGGCAGUGUUGCCUUGUCAGUCUAUGCGUCUUACUUUUAUGCUUCGGGUGGAUUUUUCUUCUGGAUUUCGGUCCUGAUUUUGUUCUGUCUCGCACAGGCCUGUGUACUGGGUCAAGAUUACUGGAUCAAGGUCUGGGCUUCUGCAUACAGUGCCAACCCCAGCCCAAGCAACCUUACUGCUACAAUCGCCGAUGAAAAUGCCUCUUCUUCGUCUUCGUCUUUCGUUGGAAUAUUUUCAAUUGCUAGCUUUGGCUCAAUUGGGUCCGACAUGAUGGCCGCAAGCUACAGCCAUCCUGUUGGCAUUAGCUCUGGACUUGGCUCGUAUGCUGUAGGUCAGGAUGGCACCGAUGAGGUCGAUGUGAAAUACUAUCUCGGCGUGUACUUUUUGAUUGGUAUGAUUGCUCUUGUGGUCAGUUCGUUGCGUACCUACAUUCUCUACCAAGGAUCUCUGACUGCAUCGCGCAACAUCCAUGUUCAGUUGCUGGACCGUAUUCUGCGUGCCAAGGUCCGUUUCUUUGACACAACACCAAUGGGCCGUAUUGUGAACCGGUUUUCAUCCGACCUGGCCACCAUUGACCAAGAAGUUGGCCCAUCUCUGUCGUUUUUGUUAUUCGCCACUGCCGCCACCCUGUGUGUGGUUAUUCUGAUUUCUUGCAUCACACCUGCGUUUUUGGUUCCUGGCACGGUUAUCACACUGCUGUUUUGGUUGAUCGGAUCCUACUACCUCAAGACCUCCCGUGACAUGAAGCGCCUCAACUCUGUUUCGCGCAGUCCAAUUUAUGUGCAGUUUGGCGAGACAGUGAAUGGUGUGGCCACAAUCCGUGCUUUUGGCAGCCAAAACCGCUUUUUGGAAGAGAAUUAUAAAAAGAUUGACAGUAACAACCGGCCUUUCCUGUGGAUGUGGGCCACCAACCGCUGGUUGCAUUGCCGUGUCGACACAUUAGGAGCAUUUGUCAGUUUCUGCACUGGGUUUGUACUGGUGUCCUCUAGAAACUGGGUUGAUCCUGGUCUAGCCGGUCUUUCGCUCAGUUAUGCCUUGACAUUUACCAACCACGUACUGUGGGUCGUUCGAAUGUAUGCUGUUAACGAGAUGAACAUGAAUGCGAUUGAACGUGUGGAUGAGUACAUGGCAAUCGAGGAAGAGCCGGCGGUCCAUAUCCCAGAAACAACACCGCCACCCAGCUGGCCAGCCACUGGCUCGCUCAAGGUCGAGAAUCUGGUGAUGCAAUACAGUCCCGAGAACCCACCUGUCCUGAGAGAUAUCUCAUUUAGUGUCAAGCCAAUGGAAAAGGUUGGAAUCGUUGGCCGGACUGGAUCCGGAAAAUCUACCUUGGCAUUGUCGCUGUUCCGGUUUAUGGAGCCAACGUCUGGACGUAUUUUGGUGGACGGUGUUGAUAUUCAUACUAUUGGACUUGAGGAUCUUCGUUCGCGCCUGACCAUUAUUCCCCAGGACCCUGUUUUGUUCUCUGGCACGCUUCGCAGCAACUUGGAUCCAUUUGGACAGCAUAACGAUCUUGAGUUGUGGGCCGCCAUUAAACGUGCACAUCUCACUAACACUGGUGCUGAUAACAAUAAUGAAAAUGAAAGUAGUAGCGAUAGCAACAAGAAGAACAAUAGCGAAGCCGAGAAUGCGAUUUCACUGGAUGCCGUGGUUACUGAGAAUGGCAACAACUGGUCUCAGGGACAGCGUCAAUUGAUUGCUCUUGCGCGUGCAUUGGUCAAGAAAUCGUCUUUGAUUGUUCUGGAUGAGGCCACUUCAUCUGUUGAUUUUGACACGGAUCACAAGAUCCAAGAGACUAUUCGUAGCGAGUUUGUGAACUCUGCACUGUUGUGUAUCGCCCAUCGUAUCCGUACAGUAGCAGAUUAUGACCGUAUUCUUGUGUUGGAUCAUGGAAAGUUGGUUGAGUAUGACACUCCUUAUGCACUGAUGACUCGCGAAGGAGGCGUGUUCCAGAGUAUGUGCCACCGUAGUGGAGAGUACAAUGAGCUCCUUGCCAUUGCAAAAGCCAAACACGACAGAACCUAAAGCCAAAAAGAAGAACAAGACUACAAUUUGAAAUUAUAAAAAAGAAGUAUACAUAUAGAUAGAAAGAAAGAAAGAUUAUCACCACAACCGCCACUACCAUAGUUUGCCUUUCUUUUUUUCUUUUUGCAUGAUAGUUUCAUUCACCCCAUUUUAUCAUAUCAUAUCAUAUCACAGCAUCUUUAUUACUAUUGCUUCUUCUUUUUUGUAUAUCUUUCUCUCUCUCUAUUUUACAUUGAACACUUAUAGCAUAUUUAUACUUUAUUUUAUUAUUUAUUUAAUUAAAUAAACUAAACACAACAUUAGAUUUUAAAU